CUUAAAGCUAACAUAAUUUGAGUUUUAAAACUGAUGAAAUAUUUCAUGUUUUCCUUUCCUAAAAUAUAAUCAUGUUUACUGAGUAAAUAAGAUGUUAAUUUCCUGAUUAGGUCCUAACUUCUUUCUACGAAUGUUGAUAUCGAUGCUUAUGUUUUUCAUACUUCUCGAUGACAUUGUCGCACCCAUUUUCACCUCUAAGAAAAAAUACGAAGCUGAAUCUUCACAUUUUAACAAUUCAGUUUUCAAGAAGAGUAACUUAGACGAGUCAUUACGUUCAUUGUUCGGUUUCAAUUUGUCAAACUUCCUCACAUCGACCAACGAAUCAUUGCCUGAUCUUCAGAUGAGGACGAACAAUAGUGAUGCUAUUGCUAAAUACUUUCAUCACGCCCAAGUUCCAGAACUUAAACAGCCAGAACGACGGGCAACUAACAUCGAUAUUCAAGUCAGGAAGCCGAAAUUUGAUUUCGGUAUCGACAAAUUGCUUCAGUAUUUACAAAAGGAAUUUACUGCCCAGAAAGAAAAUACAGUUCCUGAAAAUAAGGAGCUGAAAAAAAAUACCUCAUGUUGCGAAAGCAAGAAACAAGGGAAGCCAUUGCAUGUACGACCAGCAUAUCCUUGUGAUGACUGGGAUAAGAAGACCCAUACUUGCUGGUUAAACAGGCAAAUCGGAGUUACUGUUACAUUCAGUCUUAUGUUGGAGAACGAAGUAGCCUAUGAUCCCAAAAUAGUCUGGAAGCAGGAAUUAUAUACAUGGAAAUCUGGUACAAUGAAAGAAAUAAUUAUAGAUCCAGAAAAUUCAUUGUGGAACAUGGUGAUAGGAAGCGAAGGUCGGGAGCUUCGAAUCAGCCCUGUGACAGAAAUAGAUUUUGAUUUGAACCGGUUUUCUGCUACUGUCUUCAGAGCAAAUCCCACAACAGAACAUCCCAUGAAAAGCUUGGGCAAAAUUUACUUCAGAAUCCGCACUAUACCUAUAGAUAUGGGCUUCGUUUAUCCAGGAGAAACUCUGACCAUAAACAUACACAGUACUGGUAGCUUUCCCAUCGAAUCAGUAAUUUACAAGUGGCAUCUUGAGAGUUAUGGUGAAGAUGCAACUUUGCCUAGUAAUAUGAGGUGCAGCACCUCUUGCAGCUCAAUUACUAUAAUGGAACUGCGAAAAGAACAAGAAGGUAUUUUGGGUUGUUCCGUCUACAGUAAUUUGGGAAUUUUCAUUAGCAAGAAAAGAUUCCUUAUACAUGAAAUCAGCAAGAAUAGUGAUGUACUGAUGGCAACAUCAAAUAGAAGCCAUCAGUUUCAGAACAAAAUUAAACAGUAUCAUCAAAACAUGCUAAACCGAAAAAAGAGGCAAACUGGUACAGAAGAUAUUUUUCAAGGAAUGGUAGCAGAAACAGGACAGAAAGGAUUUCCAAAUUCUGAAACAUACACAAAUCCGCAGAACAUUUAUAAUGAAGAAAAUGCUAAUAUUGAGCACAGAACAGAACUCCUAUUGGCGUCAGAGCUUCAACCUUAUAUUACUGCUAACCCUUCUAUGGAGGAACUUUCAAAUGCAGAUAUUUCUGUGCAAAACAAAAAAGAGCAAGAAGAUUGGUACAGUCCUGAAAAUGGGCAGAACUCUCGCAUGCUGAGUAAUAUAAAUGAAGAAAAUAUAGAGAAUGUGCUUGUUGAAAACAAUGAACAAUCUGAAGAUAAAACGAUGCACGGUCAGUCAUACAAAACUCCUGCCACUUUAAACAGCAUUUAUGAAAAUGCUGCAGAUGAAAAUAUUCAGCAAAAUAACCAGCAAGAUUUAGAAGCAGGCAAUAACCAGAUUAAUAGAAUUCCACAGAAACUGCCACUAUAUAAUGAUUAUAGCAACUUAAACAUACAAAUACCAUCAAAAUAUACGUAUUAUAAACCUAAAAAAUUAUCAGAUUAUCGUUUUCCAAAUAAUGAAGAUACGGAUAUGCAAGAAGGUGAUCAGAAAAUCUCAUUCGAUCAAGGCCAAGAUGACAGAAAUUUGAUGUCUAAUAACGGAGCAAGGAAAGAACCUGGCUAUCGCUUUCCAAAUAAUGAAGAUGUAAAUAUUCAGGCAGAUGUUGAGCAGAAACUGCUACCAUAUAAUGAUUAUAGCAACUUAAAUAUACAAAUGCCGUCAAACUAUAUGUAUGACAAGUCUAAAAAAAUAUCAGAUUAUCGUUUUCCAAACAAUGAAGAUAGGGAUAUUCAAGAAGGUAAUCAGAAAAUCUCAUUCGAUCAACACCAAAAUGGUAGAAAUUUGAUGAGUAACGGAGCAAGAAAAGAAUCUGGCUAUCGCUUUCCAAACAGUGAAGAUGUAAAUAUUGAGGCAGAUGUUGAACAAAAGAGUGCAUACAGUCAAAGCCACACUGAGAGAGAUUCGGUGAAUAAGCCAAAAAACGUACCAAGCUACAGUUUUCCAAAUAGCGAAGAUUUUAAAGUGGAGGAAAAAGGUAAUCAUGAGUAUAGUUUUAGGCAGGGUUUACCUGAACAAGAUUUCCUGCUUAAGUAUGAACCAAGACAGCUAACGAAUAAUCAUAUUACUGAUAAUGAUGGAAUGAUCUCUCAAGUUGAAGCUGGUCAAAAGACUAUAUUGAGACAAAAUCAAAAUGAGGAAAUUUUUGAAGAUAUGGAUGAGCCAAACAAAAUGCAAUCUCUCUCCAAGGAAAUUAUAAAAGAAAAAUACCGUGCGGAAGAGAAAGUAUCCCAAAUCAUAGCCUCAUGUCACAGAAAUACACAGUGUAGUAAUUACGCCAUUUGCGUACGGAAACCUCAUAGACUUGGACAUUGCAAAUGUGCUCCAAAUUACCAUGGUAAUGGGAUUUUUUGUUGGGAAGACAUUGAAAUCAAGAAUUUACAAUUGUUCACUGCAGAAAAAUAAAUUAAAGACUGCAAACGUGUUUAGACCAUGCGUCCAGAAGCUACUAAAGAAUGUAUUGUUAAGCAGAUCAAAUAUACUUCAUAUAUAAAGUUUACGAUGCUACAUAGAUGCUUCAUACCAUGUAACGAUGCUUCAUAUAUAAAGUUUACGAUGCAUUUAGAUUGCAUUUAUGUUUUCUUUCUAUUCUUACAUCUAAUUUUCAAUUAUAUUUUUGUAGGGGGCG